GAAAAACAAAGCGGGCACCGCGUAACUAAUUAAUGGGCCAGAAGAACCAGGCGAUCGCCUCGACCACCGCCCGGCUGGCCUGACUAUUGGAUGGCUGCUUUGGCCGUCUGCUUGCUGGCGCUGCUGGCUUGCGAGGACUUUUUUGAGGAUGAUGAACUUUCAGGCGGCGCAGAUGAUCGACGUGAGGUUUGACUUGCCCAAAGCGGGCGUGUUUGGCCUGUUUGCACGUGACGUUGCUUUUUCUUUCCCUUUUUUUUUUUUUUUUCCUAUCAUCAACUUCGACUUCAAAUCCCAAAAGUUGCUUUGCAAAAAAAAAGACAUAGCGAGUUAUUACGGUUCGUUUCUUUUUUGUCCGCCAGCCUCGCCUUUCUUUUUCCUGCGACCUUUUUUGCGGUUUAUUCCAGGCUGGACGGCUACUGUGCUGGUUCUGGGGGAAGCUAGUUUGCCGCGCUAUUGUCCAUGAUUCAGGGCCGGAAGGGCGAGCCAGGGAGCGAGGCAGCAGGACGGCUGCAGGUGGAAGCUAAAGCUUGAAAAGAAGGUUGUUCUAUCCUGCUCGUGCGCGCGUUGUGUGGGCGGAGCUGCUCUGGGAGGACGAGGGAAAAAAAAAAGAAGGUCGUGAGGUCGUAUAUGACAAUGUCUUGCAUGUCUGCUGUCCUGGGCGUGGUACAAGCCAGCACCUCUGCAUUUUUGCACGACGGCGGUGGAUAAUCCAAGAAAGGAAGAGGCGUGCUAUUGCAACCCUCUUCGAUCUUGAUUACGGAAUGAUUCAUACCUACUCAGCCUGUCUUUGACUCUCGGAUUUCCACUUGGGCCAGGGUAGACGCCUGUAUAGUACUCCGUUCACUGCGUCUCCAAGCCAACGAAUACCGCUGGGGCCUCUAUCCACCCAUUCGUCGACGGGUACCUACAUGCAUCGACCGACUAUGGGGCAGGGUAUCUUCGCUUGGAACUUCAAGGGCGUCUAAAAUCAAGAAUCCGUGCAUGCCCACCAACUCCUAGCAGACCAGCUUCAUCUUCACUCUGAUGGAAACCGAAUUUCCAUCUUAUCCUUGACCAUAAGCUACGAACUACAGGGCAAAUAACAUACCCUGCCGCCGAGUUGA